AUGUCUCUGAGUAAGACCCUCGAGUUGGAGCAUUUCGACGAACGCAAUAAGGUUCGCCGAGGACGAACCCCUCGAGCGAAGAGAGAUGACUCCACUGGCAGUGGUGGGGGGUCUGGUCCAAGUUCCAGGGGCAGCAGCCUGGUUCCCAGUCCUGCUCACAGCGCCAACUGUAGCUAUUAUCGAACCCGGACCCUGCAGGCCCUCACCUCAGAGAAACGUGCCAAAAAGGUCAGGUUUUAUCGCAAUGGGGAUCGGUACUUUAAGGGCCUGGUGUAUGCGGUUUCCAGUGACCGGUUCCGGUCCUACGACGCCCUGCUGAUGGAGCUCACACGAUCACUAGCAGACAGCCUACACCUGCCGCAGGGAGUGCGCACGAUCUACACCAUAGAUGGCAGCAAGAUCACCAGUAUGGAUGAGCUGGUAGAAGGUGAGUGCUACGUUUGUGCCUCCAACGAGCCUUACCGGAAGGUGGAUUACACAAAGAUCUCCAUCCCCAGCUGGAAACCCGGCGCCAGCACCGGGACCGCCGCUUCCAGCUCGAGCCGGACCUCAACGACGUCCACCGGAGUGUCUACGAGCGCCGCCCCGGCCUUGAAGGAUCGUCCUGAGGGUCGGGAGGGCAGAGAGAGCAAAGACUUCAUCAAACCCAAGCUGGUGACGGUGAUCCGCAGCGGCGUGAAGCCUCGCAAGGCCGUGAGGAUCCUGCUGAACAAGAAGACGGCUCACUCCUUCGAACAAGUGCUGGCCGACAUCACGGAGGCCAUCAAACUGGACUCUGGGGCCGUGAAGAGGCUCUACACUUUGGAUGGGAAACAGCUGACCUGUCUGCAGGACUUCUUCUGGGAUGACGACGUGUUCAUGGCGUGCGGUUCGGAGAAGUUUCGUUACGCUCAGGACGACUUCGUGCUCACGCACGCCGGUAAAUCCUCGGCCUUCAUGAACGCUUUGGUAAGCCACGAUCAGAGUGCCAAGGCCUCGCCAACAAGCCCCUCCCCCAGGCCUGGAUCCAGGGUGGGGCCCCGAUAAACUACAUCUGGCUCAGGUGUCGGAGGCAACAGGUUCAGGAAACAAGCCCAGACCUUCCUCAACCCCGUGACCUUCUCCAGCUCCUCCUGGGGGUCCCAGUGUUUAGAGAAGAAGAGGAGGAACCUUAACGAGCUCCAUGACGAGGAAGAGCUGCGUGGGCGUUUCGUCCACCUCGAUGAGCUGGAUGAUGCUCGGGUGGCGCACCCUCCUCAGGACGGCCACCUCGUUUUCUAUCAGAUGCUGAUUAGUCAAAUGCUGCAGGUGAACGUGGACGUUCGUUUCACGGCUGAAGAAGUCCUCUCCCACCCCUGGGUGACGGAUGAGGCGCCGUUAGAGUCCAACACUGUGAGCAGCGCUGAAGACCACGCUGAUGGAGAAGCUCUGGAAUCAGAUCGUGAAUCUCCAGUUCUGGAGACCAAACAAGUUCCCUCACCUCUGGUCUAGACCACAUCACACAUCAUCAACUAGAACCCU